CUUGGUUGAUCCUCUUUUUUUCACUUAAAUAUGACAUUAGUCUUUUACUGAGAAGUCCUCUCAUUUGUACAGUUUUGCCUUGCUCAAAGUUUUCAGAGCUAGUAGCUUGAGUUUAAAAAGUCAACUACAGAAGGUUUUUGUACUAGACACGUGUAUGUCCACGUGGCAGUCUACGCAAAUAAUGUUCUGGAUUAGCUUCAUCAGACCAUACACGUGUACUCUAACGGAAAACCCUAAACCCUUUCCCUCUGGGUAUAUUACUAGCCGUCACUGUCACACACACACGAACACUAAACGAUCAAAUAUGGCUUCAGCUUCAUCAUCGGCCGCGAGGUUACUCAUCCGCGACGGGAAAUCAGUGGCGAGUUUACUCUUCCGUGGACGUGCAGCAGCCAAUCUCACGGAGAACACUGGAUCGGCCAUUCGGUCUCUGCUUCUGUUAAACCAGACGGUGGUGCCUAGUCAAUACCCGGUUUUCUCUGAAACAUUUCCGGUUAUGCAACCCGGUUUGGGUUCCUGCUUCAUUCAGGAGGAGGCUGUGUCGGAGAGAAGAGGGAAAAUGGAAGCGGGUCAGGGAAAGCGAGUGGUGAACAACGAGGGCAGCUCUUCUUCUUCGGAGGAGGAGACAGAUUUUGAUAUUGAUAUGGACGAUGAUGAAGAGUUUGACGAUACUGACGAAGAAGAAGAUGAGGAGGACGAGCAGAUAGUGAAGAAGAAGAAGUAAAAAGACUCUCAAUUCUUUGCAAAAUGCUUUAUCUGUUGCUUUUUCGUGAGAUUAAUGUAUUAGACUUAGACAUAAUUAAAUGUUUCUUGAUGAAAUAAAGAUUUCCGUUUUAAAA